AUGAGUGUUACUGGUAUAAUAACUGGAAGGGCACGUGUCGUUUAUUCUUGUCCUGAAUUCUUACAUCUUUCUAAAGGUGGUCUCGAUGGUAAAAUUGUUGCGUAUAGGGAUUCUUGGAUUUCUAAAAAUUUUGAUAUUCAAGAUUGGGUUACUUUCAAAGCAAAAGCACAUGAACCGGAAGGUACUCAUGUCACUUUUGGUGUUAGAUAUAAGGCCUUACCAAAUAGUGUUCAGUUCGAGUCAAAAGGUAAAAUAGUCGAUGGUAUCGGUACUUUAAUGAAGGUUGAUGAAGCGAAGGGACAAUAUGGAUUUAUUACGGCAAAUAAUGGAUCCACAGUUUAUUUUACGGCUAGUGUAGUUCGGCCUGACACUAAGGAUAUUCGAACAGUGUUCAAACCUGGCAUGCAAAUUAGAUAUCGUGCCACUGAACAAAAACAGAAUCAAGUUCAGUGGAGGGCUAUUGCAGUGUGUCAUAAAAAUGCGAGUAUUGAUAUUUUAACUGGUCGACAACCGAAAUCUAUUGAUGCGGUUACAGGAAAUAGGUAUACUCGAUACUUAACGUAUAAUCUCGAUAGUAAUUUCAGAACUGUUAUUGGAUUAACACCGAAAAAGCCAUUGCAACCGACUGUAACCUCUAAUAAUAAUGCGGCACCUCUACCAGCCCCAAUCGCACCCCCGUCACCGGGUGGUGUGCACUCGUCGUUAUCGUUAUCUUUAUCCGGUUCAGUCAUAUCGAAUAGUGUUGGAUCACGCUCUAGUUCUGGGUCGCGUUCCGGAACGCCCGGAGGAGGGUUCGGUGGAUCGGCUUCACCUUUACCGUAUUUGAACUCGAAUGGUCACGAUGCACCUGACCCGCCGUCACCUUCGUCACGUUUCGGUUCCUCAAACUCUUUGGAUAUGCCACAAGUUGUUUUUCCUACUUCUUUACCGCCCACUCAAGCGGCUAUUCCUUUUCAUGAGGUUCCAACAACUGGAGAUGCAUACGAGGACGCAGUCCGUCGUCUAGCAUAUUUUGCACACUGUAUUUCCGAGAGUUCAUGCAAUUACUGCCUGUUUCGUUGA